UCCGGUGAAUUCGCCGGCGAGAAGGUGACACCUGAAACGGAAAAUGGGAGCUUCUGAUAGCAAACGGACUAUGGUAGUGGAAAGGGAUGAUGUUAUGGUCACACAAAAUGUUAUAAAGCGGUUAUCUGGCAGAGAGAAAGUGCCAGAACCUGAAUCGAAAUCUGAAGAUGGAAUGCACUUUGAUUACGCAAUUCCAUCCAGUAAAAUAAGACAAAUUGAAGCAGAAUUUCAAGAGAGAUUGAAAGCUACAGAAGAGAGGGAAGCAGAAUCAAAAGCAAGACUGAAAAAAUAUGAAGAACAGAGUGAGCAACAACUACAGACACAGCAAGAACAGUUUUCUCAAGCAAUGGAUGAGUUAGAAAAGAAAUUUUUACGAAAUACUGGAUCACCUAUCUGUCAGGACAUACAGCAAGAUGUGUUUCAUUGCUACCAAAGCAACCCCAAACAGACGCUAAAUUGCUCUGCACAAGUUCGAGCAUUCACUUCUUGUGUGGAUGAUGCUCGUAAGGAUGCCUAUGAUAUGUCCAAGAAAGCGUGACUGGAUGUCUACAAGGAUAUGUUUGAAAAUUCUUUUUUACCUGGCGACUUGUGACUAUCUUCUUGAUCAUAACUUAUCAAGUUAUAUAUCAGUGUGUACACUAGGAAUCACAUACAGUGUCUUGACAAGUUUAGUAUGUUGAAUGGCCCAAGGAUUCAUUGACUUGGCUGCCUUUGCUGUGACAGAGACACAAGAAAACAGUAUUGUGAAAACCAUUGUGGGUUUGCUUCAUUUUCUACUUGUUCUAUUUCUGAAUCCAGUCAGAAUGAACAAGAUAUUAAGUGGUUACAGUACAUAUAAAGUAUAUUUACUCUCAAAAGAUAACAUCAUUGUGAAUGGGCUGUGUGGUUGGUUCCAGAUACAGAGAUGAAUAAAAAGUUAUUUACCGACAAAA